AUGCGACUAGCGACUGCAUUCUCUCUGCUCUGUCUUGGUAGCAACGCCGCUGCGAAGCUACACCACCUCUAUGUCGGAUCCUUUAACGCUUCUGCAAUCUACAAUGUUGCGUUUGAUGAUGAGGCAUUGAGCCUGUCGCUUGUUCAGAGCUUUCCCACGUCGGAUGCGCACUUUUGGAUUGAUUUUGACCACGAGAAAAAGAACAUAUACACAACCUCUGUGUCAAAAUGGUCAAGCUAUAAGAUCAUGAAUAAUAUGAGCAUUGUUCAUACUCGGUCACUGCCUCUGACUGGAUCUUGCCCCGGCUCGCAGUCCAUCUUCCUGACAACCUCCCCUCAUCCACCUCACAGAGUAUACGGCUCUUCCUUCGGAGGCGAUGUCUCAUGCGGGAACGUCUUCUCCGUGCACGAAAACGGUACACUUUCUGAUACAGUACAAGCAUUCGACUACGGUUCUGGCUCUGGUGUUCACGGACUCGCACUCGCACCCGGUGGUGAGAUGCUCUAUUCCGCCGAUGAUACAGGAAAUGCGGUGUGGACUCAUCGGGUUGAUUCUCGGACGGGUGAAGUGCAUCUUGUGGAUCGUCUUGCUGCGCCGGUUUCUGGGGCGGAUCCUAGACAUAUUGUUGUUCAUCCUGGAGGAGGUUUUGCAUAUGUGGUGUUUGAGGGGACUAACAGAUUAGCUGUGUAUAGCAUUGAUUCUGACGGAGGGCUGGCAUAUGCGAAUAUUUCAUACCCGUUGAUACCCCCGGACCACAACACCACCGCCUACUGGUCCGACGAAGUAUCCCUUUCCCACUCAACCUCCUACCUCUGGGCGUCAUCCCGAUCCCGCAUCCCCGACUCCCCAGGCUACAUAACUGCGUUCACUCUCUCGCCAUCCGGCGAGAUCCAGUCUCAGCUUUUCCUAACCCCCACGUCGUCGUCGGGUGGUAUGGCUAAUGCAGUGAGCCCAAGUGCAUUUAGUGAUGAGUUUGUGGCGCUUACAGAUAACGAGAGAGGGUUUGUGCAGAUUUGGGGGUUUGAUGGAGUUGGUGCUGGGGUUGUUGAUACGUUGGAGUUAGCGGGGAAUGGGUGUUGUGCAAAUGCGAUUUGGUAUGAUUAG